CGUGAAUGCGUAAGACUUGAUGACGGCAUUUUGUCUGUAACACAAAUGGGCCGGACAAACAGAACCGUUACACGGAAUCCCUUUGUAACAGUUUUAUUUUGUUUUAUUCAUACAAUGUGUUCGGUCAAUUUUAAGGAGAGCUUUUAGAAGGAUAUAAUGCACACUAACUGGACAUUUGAUGCACAUGCACAAUCGUAUGCUAACUGGGGCCGUUAACAAGAGCUGCACCAUAAAUGGCUACUUGUACUUAAAUUGCACUCAGCUGAGGCAAGGCAGAGCAAUUUCGAUUCAAGGACGAUAUUUGUUCAUUCAUGUAGAACGAUACGAUCAGAAAUGAUUCAGUGUUUGGAAAUUGAUUCUGUAACUUUUUGACCAAAAAUUCAACAAGUGUCACUGAAAUAAAUACCUGGAUAUCGGACAGUGCAGGUGAAAUUUCCUAAAUUCCUUUUGUUUCUUGUAUAGGUACAAGGUAAAAUUAAUUAUGAAGAAAAACAAUCACCAACCAUUAGUGCAAAUAAUAAUAAUAAUGGCAAAUGUAUUCACACUUUAUUUAAAGUUGAAAUAAUAGUAGGUUUACCUGCUACUUUUUGUUGUUUUUCAACAUCGUAACAAUAAAAAUCUUACUGUAAUUAAAUACAAAACAUGUAAUGGUCAAAUGUUCUAAUUGUGUAUAUAUAUUACUACCCACUCACUUGUCACGAUGUGUGACGUAGUGGUUAUAUAGUUCUGAGAAGCCUGUGAUGUCCAAGUUACCAUCUGUCAUGAGUUAAACACUACAGCAGUGGUUCCCAAAGUGUGGUACAAGUACCACUAGUAGUGUGUGGGCUCACUCUAGUGGCAUGCAAGAAUCACUAACUGUUCAAACUUUGCAUCAUGUUGCAAAGCAAAUUUAUGUAUAUAGUGCAUUUCAUAUGCAAGGUAACUCAAUAUGCUUUACAUGAUUAAAAUAAUUUAAAAAAAGAAAAAACAGUAAUCCCCAGUUUUAGUAAUUGAUUUGAUAUGAGUGUUGAAAGUCAGGUCGGAAUCUAUCAGAACACCAAGGUUUCGGACUCGGUCUUUGGUUUUUAAAGAGAGUGACUCCAGGUAUUUACUAACUACAAUCCUCUUUUCUUUAUUGCCAAAAACAAUUAGCUCAGGUGUGUUGUGGUUUAAUUGAAGAACAUUUUGGCUCAUCCAGAUAUUUAUCUGUUUUAGACAGUGAAACAAUACCUAAUUUGAACUGGAGACACUGCUAGAUAUAACUGUGUCAUCUGCAUAGCUAUGAUAGUCAAAAUUAAAGUUCUGAAGAAUUUGACCCAAGGGUAGCAUAUACAGGCUGAACAGGAGGGGUCCAAGCAGUGACCCUUGAGGGACCCCAUAGGUCAUUGCCAUUUGAUGAGAUUGAACACUUCCAAUGGUUACAAAAUAACUCCUUUCCUCCAGGUCGGACCUGAACCAUUUAAGGACAGUUCCAUUUAGUCCUACCCACGUUUCCAACCUGUUCAGCAGUAUACUAUGAUCGACCGUAUCAAAAACCGCACUGAGGUCCAACAAGACAAGAAUUUACACCUUUCCCGAGUCAGUAUUCAACCUUAUAUCAUUUAGCACUUUAAUAAGAGCAGAUUCUGUACUGUGAUGAGCUCGGAACCCUCAUUAAAAUUUGUCAAAAAGUCCAUUUAAGUUCAAGAAAUUGCUGAGUUACAGUGUCUUGAACUUUUUAAGAACAUUUUUAAAGUACAGUUGUAUUGAACAUUUAAGCUAAAUAUAUUUGCAUUUUUAUAGCCGUUUUAAAGAAAUUUGAGGUAAAAUGUAUAUUUAACUUUUAUAUGGAAUACAUUUUAAUUGAAUCAUUAGUUUUUUUAUUUUGCUAUAUUAAAGUACAGUAAUGUUCAUUUACUCCACGUCGCCAUCGUGCACAGUAUAUUUGAAUCCAAAAGCUAGUUUAUUUUUAGCCUUGUCGCGUGUCUUUUGGCGUAGUUCUGUAAAUAUCUGACGCCCAAUAGUUAUUUAAAAAAAAUUUAAAAAAAACGUCGGUGGUGUGGAACAGACAACACGUAAUGCCAGGAUCACACUACAAGACAAAUUUGCUCUUUCACAAUUGCACUAUGUCAGACUACUGCAAUAAAAUCUUGUAUUCCGAUACCACCGCAUCCUGUUUUUUCCAAUCACUGGGCUUCAUCGUGUCAACGUAAACGACCGGAUACAUUCGUUACCAUGGCGACGACAACAAUAAUGGAUCGCGCCGUGUGUUUGUAAGAACAAAAUGGGGGGAAACGUGUGUUGGUGGUCACCAGUGCUCAGGAGAGGACGUUCAAGGCAUGCUUCAGUUUGUGUCUCCAUUGGGAUCGACAUUCUCAAGUGACAUCAGAUUGAAGCAACACGUUGAAGUCUGGGAGCUAGCAGCCAUCAAGGCUAGAGUUCAGGAGCUGGAAAUGGAAGAAGAGACUGAAAGAAUGAAGGAAGAGGGAGUAGAAGAGGAGGACAGGUGUGAUGGUGAGGAGAUGCAGCUGCUGACCAGUAGCCCCCGGCCUGGCCCGUUCUACAACAUGACACCUGAGGAAAGGAUGGAUGCAGACAACAGGUCAAUCUAUGUAGGAAAUGUGGACUAUGGAGCUACUGCAGAUGAGUUGGAGAUCCAUUUUAAUGGCUGUGGUCCUGUCAACCGUGUCACCAUCCUCUGCGACAGGUUCUCGGGUCACCCAAAAGGCUUUGCUUACAUUGAGUUCUCCGAUCGCAACUCCGUGCAGAGUGCUAUUGCCCUGCAUGAGACGUUGUUCAGAGGAAGAGUUCUCAAGGUGUUGCCCAAAAGGACCAACAUGCCUGGCAUCAGCACCACUGACAGGGGAGGCCACCGAGGUGGCCACUCAAGAGGCCGAGGGCGAGGCUUUCAGCCCCCCAGGGGCCAGCCUGGCUCUCGAGGCAGGUUUCGCUACCAGUCCACGAGACCACAGCACCAGAACCCCCAUCCUUACUAUGGAGGCCCCCCGGUAGGGAAGAGACAGUGGGGCCACCUGGAUUAUCACGAACAGACGUCCAAACGCUACCCUUGUCUUCUCCUCAUCACCCCACCUUCAGAGGAAAUGGGAGCCGGGGCCAGCGGACAGCACUACCCCCAACAGCGCUAGUGACCCUGCUUGUUUACAAAGCGGGUGUAUAAACUGAUUUGAAACGGAGUUUGGUUCACUGCUUUGUCUGCAUCAGUCCUUUAGAUCAUUUUAAGCUUGUGCUAAUGCAUGAUCGGGUGACCAUCAGGCAUUCAUGCCGCUGUGUCCUACCAUUUUUACAAACUAAUGAAAGUGUUUUGUUUGUGCUUGCUUGUAUAAAUCCUUUUCUUUUAACUUAUACAUCCUUUGCUUUAUGUGAACAAAUAAAGAAAAUUCUGACGCUU